GCUCCAGAGAUAAAGUGGCUUAAAGUUCACUGCUCUCCUGCUUGUGGGGGAGGACGCGCAUUAACCUCUUCUUGUAACACCAAAUACUUGAUGACUGUUAAGUCACAUGGCUGUAAUGCCCCAUGGGGAGCAUCUGGUUCAAUGACGGAACAUCUCACUGGGUAGGGGAAGGAGAGUCGCCGGUGGAAACCAAGCCUCAUGGUGAUACGGUGACGAGCUCACAGAUGCUGCCCCGAUCGCUGCCGGACGUCGUUGUUUCAGCCGAGGAUGAACAAGUCCAGAGACUUGCAGCAUGACCUGGAGCGGAGCCUCCCAGCCAUUGCGUCCAUGAGCACCUCCCUCUCUCAGAGCCAGGGCUUCUCCCCGCACUAUUACUUCCCCCCGGAGAAGAGGAAAGCCAUCUCGGACGUCAGGAGGACUUUCUGCCUCUUUGUCACCUUCGACCUGCUGUUUGUCUCUCUGCUGUGGAUAAUUGAGCUGAAUACCAACACUGGCAUUCAGAAGAACUUGGAGAUCGAAAUCAUUGAGUACCGGUUUAAAACCUCAUUCUUUGAUAUAUUUGUCUUGGCUUUUUUCCGGUUUUCUGUGUUACUUCUGGGCUAUGCACUCUUAAAACUGCGCCACUGGUGGGUCAUCGCGUUCACUACACUGGUGUCCAGUGCCUUCCUCAUCGUGAAGGUCAUCCUGUCUGAGCUGCUAGCCAAGGGGGCUUUUGGGUACUUACUUCCCAUCGUCUCUUUCGUUAUCGCCUGGCUAGAAACUUGGUUCCUGGAUUUUAAAGUCCUAUCUCAGGAGGCGGAAGAGGAACGAUGGUACUUGGCAGCGCAGGCCGCAGCCUCCCGGGGCCCUCUGCUCUAUUCCGGAGCCCUCUCUGACGGGCAGUUCUAUUCCCCUCCGGAGUCCUUUGCAGGAUCGGACAACGAGUCUGAUGAAGAAGGUGUGGGGAGGAAAGCGUUAACAGCCCAGGAGAAGGAAUACGUCCAACAAGGCAAAGAAGCAAUGGAGGUUGUGGAUCAAAUCCUCGCCCAGGAGGAAAACUGGAAAUUUGAAAAAAACAAUGAGUUUGGCGAUGUUGUUUACACCAUUGAAAUUCCUUUCCACGGCAAGACCUUUAUUUUGAAGGCCUUCAUGCAGUGUUCUGCUGAAACAGUCUACCAGGAGGUGAUUCUCCAACCUGAGAGGAUGAGCCUGUGGAAUAAAACGGUGGCAGCUUGCCAGAUCUUACAGCGGGUUGAAGAUAACACCAUUAUCUCCUACGAUGUUGCAGCAGGAUCUGCAGGGGGUGUAGUGUCACCCAGGGACUUUGUAAACGUGCGUCGCAUUGAAAGAAGACGAGACUGCUAUAUUUCCUCAGGGAUGUCAACCACUCACGCUUUGAAGCCUCCGCUGUCCAAAUACGUCAGGGGUGAGAACGGGCCAGGAGGCUUCAUUGUACUGAAAUGUGCCAACAAUCCCAAAGUUUGCACCUUCAUCUGGAUCCUCAACACGGAGCUCAAGGGUCGGCUUCCCCGUUACCUUAUCCAUCAAAGCCUGGCGGCUACCAUGUUCGAGUUUGCGUUCCACCUGCGGCAGCGGGUCAGCGAGGGGUCGGGCAGGCCUUGAGCAGCAGCGUCCGACCCUCCACGGGACAGUCCUUUACCCUCUCGCAACGCAGAGCAGGGAACAACUUCCAAGGAGCUGGAGUGAGCCUGCCACGGAGCCGCCUGCGUGGAAUGCAGACCUCUUCCUUCCCCCCAGGAAGGGCUGAGCCAGACCACGUACCAGGGAGGUGGCUAUCCCGGCAACAGUACUAACACUGGAGCAACCUUUGCAGGAAUGCAGAAAGGGGGGUGGACGCCUUGAGAGGCCUCAGUCCCUCCCCACUCCCGCAGAUCCCUUUCUCUUCACCCCUCCAAUCAAGGAUCAAACUAACUGAGCCGCUACGGGAAUCAAUGGAGCCUUUUGUGAUUUUAAACGUGUGCCACCCCCCUUUAUUGAUCACUUUGUUUUCCCUUGCCAGACCCAGCGGAGGUGGCAGUUUCUGGCUGGCUAAGCCCUCCACUGCCCCAAUUUGUCUCCAGUCCUUUUUUAAAAUAUUCUGAUAAUUGGGUGUGGCUUUCAUCCGUCUGGAGCUCCUGUAUUUACCCAAACGCCUUGUGGAGGAGAGGGAAGGGUGGGGCCAGGCAUCCCUGUUCAUUUAGCUGCUGGCGAAUGGUUAAAGUGGGAAAUGGAGGAACUCACACCAUCAGGUAGCAUGUGACAGCCUUUGCUUCUGUUCUGCUCACAGGCAUUGCUUUACAUGGCAUGGCCGGUAGCUCGCACCCUGUGGGCACUUGGCUACCCCUUGUCAUUCCUCAGCUGCCAGUGAUUGGGAUGUGCGAACACACUGAUAAGGGUAUUGUCAGGCAGUGGUGGAUCAGUUUAGGCCCGUGUGGUCCACAAAAGGCUGUGAAAUAUACCCAGGGCAGCGUCUCUGUAGGUCUAGAACAGUUCUGCAGCCCGAGCUGUGGGCAUAUCUGGGUCUCCGAUGUGACUGGGCCUGGGGGAAGGGCACCCACAAGAGCCCACCCCUGGUAAAACACUAUUCAAGUAACAGCUUCUCCAGGUCUCGAAGCUCUUUCCCUGUGGAGAAGUCGUGUCCCCCACGAGCUCCGGCGAACGGUCUCCGAGCAGUGUUCCAUUGCCGUAGUUCACUGACGUACCAGCCGCGGCGCCUGUGGGCGGGGUGCUGGGGAGGGAACGGUUCUAAACUCGGAGAAGGAUCGCCCGAUUUGAGGAAACAUUUCAGUCUGGCAACGAGUGACCUUGGCAAGUCCCUUUUGGCUGCGCAGGGCAGUCAAAGGAAGUCAACGGCUCCUGGGCCUCUGAGGCUGUGACCCCGUUUUCAUAACGAAGUGCAGGAGGCCCCUGCUCUGGGGAUAGACUAAUGCAC